AGAUCUGGCAAACAAGGAGGCAAGUUUCGGGCUCAGGCCAAGACCCGAUUCUCCCAGGCUGGUCUGCAGUUCCCUGUCAGCUGUGUUCACCGGCUGCUCAGGAAGGGCAACUAUGCUGAGCGAGUCGGAGCUCCAGUCUAUCUGACUGCCGUCCUCGAGUAUCUGACAGCUGAGAUCCUCGAGCAAUAUUGCCCAAGAGAACAAGAAGACUCGCAUCAUCCCCUGACACCUCCAGCUGGCUGUCUGCAACAACAAGGAGCUCAACAAGCUGAUCCAAUCCAUCCUGCGGGGAUUGUUGGAGGGGGUGUCACCAAGUGUUAUUGCACUGGGUGA